AUGUUCUCGACUGGUGUUGUGCGGGAGUUGCCCCGCAAGGGACAGAGUGGUGUGCAGGCGUACACCGUCGCCACACAGAAGAAGAAUGAGAAUGAAAGAUGGGAGCUGAUCCGCAUUGAGGCGUUCACGGAGGACUUGGAGGACAAAUCGAGGUAUUGUACUACGAGUGGUGAGCAGGUCAUGAAUUUUAAAGGUGGCACGGCUAUUUGUAAUGAUGAUAACCUCCUCACCGAUAAAAAGAAGGAAACUCUAAUAAAAGAAGUAAUUCCUGCUGCUAUAAAACUGCACAGGGAUCGUCUGCUUGUGAAACCCCAGGAAGGC